CCGUCCUCGCGCCGUGCGCUGUAUAGACGGAUCAGCCGCCGGGCCACGGACUGUGCUUUCUUGCAGCUCGUGGGUAUUGUUGCAUCGCAGGCGAUCGUUUCCAAAAAAGAAUAAAGAUUAAGGAGAGAGAGAACAAAAGCACAGAGUAGCCCUCGUGGAUAAUAGACCGACCGAGGGGCAGGCGUUGUUCUUAUUUUAUAUAUAUAUGGGGAAGGGGGGCUGUAUUGGAUAGAAGUCUGAGAUCUAUUGAAUUGGUGUUGUUCUCCGCUCGUGCAUGUUCAAAUCCGUGGAGUAUAUCAGCAGAGCCGUGGGACGGCCGAACUUCUAGUUUCGCAAGCGAACGGCUCCAUACUAACCGGAGGCAUGAUUUUGAGACGGAGCUCCAGUUUUGCAGCGGUGUUUUCCAUUCAUGUCUUUCUUCAAUGUUUGUGGAUUAAGGUGUCUGUGGCAUCGGGAUACUUCGAGUUGCAAAUCCUAUCGAUGCAGAAUGUCAACGGCGAACUCCAGAGUGGCUUAUGUUGCGAUGGAACGCGGGACGCCGGAGACAGCAAAUGCUUAAAGGACGAAUGCGAUACAUACUUCCGAGUUUGUCUAAAGGAAUACCAGUCAAGGGUCUACGCAGCUGGACCGUGUAGUUUUGGCAGCGGAUCUACGCCCGUUAUCGGUGGGAAUACUUUUUCUCUGCGGACGAGCGCCAGGAAUGACAAAUCCCGGAUUGUUCUGCCCUUCAGUUUCGCCUGGCCGAGGUCGUACACUUUGAUUGUGGAAGCCUUGGACUUCAAUAACGAUACAACCACGAGCAAUGGUGGAGGUGAGGUGAUCGAGCGGGCGGUCCAGUCCGGCCAUGAUCAACCCGAACCGGCAGUGGCAGAGCCUGAAAUCCGGGUCACCUGCGACGAGCACUAUUACGGUUUCGGCUGCAACAAGUUCUGCCGGCCGCGCGACGAGUUCUUCGGCCACUACACCUGUGACCACAACGGCAACAAGACCUGCCUGGAGGGCUGGUCUGGCCCAGAAUGCAACACUGCUAUCUGCCGACAAGGCUGCAGUAUGGAGCAUGGGACCUGCAAAGUGCCUGGAGAGUGCAAGUGUCAGUAUGGCUGGCAGGGUGAAUACUGUGAUAAGUGUAUCCCUCACCCUGGCUGUGUGCACGGGACCUGUGUGGAGCCCUGGCAGUGCCUCUGUGACACCAACUGGGGAGGCCAGCUCUGUGAUAAAGAUCUGAACUACUGUGGGACGCGGCAGCCAUGUUUGAACGAAGGCACGUGCAGCAACACGGGGCCAGACAAGUACCACUGCACCUGUCCAGAGGGCUACUCAGGAGUCAACUGUGAGAGAGCGGAACACGCAUGUCUGUCUGAGGCCCUGUUUUUAACGGAGGCAGUUGUGUGGAGAACAGCCAGGGCUUUGGAGUGCCAGUGUCUCCAGGCUGGACCGGACCCUCUGCUCCACCAGUAA